AUGAGGCCAAUUGCAGCAGCAUUUUUCUUCCUCUCAACAUUAUGUGCCGCAAAAUUUCUCGUCGUCGCUGGAAACGGUCAAGCUCAAGGUGUAAGUCAAGGCAGCAACACCGCCGCUGCCGCAGGUGAGGUGAACAUGAAGCUUCUUGAACAAGCGUGCCAGCAUUCACCCCGUAAGGACUUAUGCAUCGAAACCCUGGAGAAGGACCCGAACAGCAAGGGCGCGGACCUCACCGGCCUUGCCUUCGUUGCCAUCCGGCUGGCUGCCGCAAUGGCCUCCGACGUGGACGAGCACAUGCGGUCGUUGCUCAUUCACAACGCUACCACUUUGGACCCCACGAUUCAGCAGGGGUUGGCAGACUGCAUUGAGCACUACUCCGAUGCCAACGAGCAGCUCGACGAUUGCGUCGAGGCCAUCUCGACGCAUAACUUAGAGGAAGUGGAACUGUGGGUCAACGUGGCGAUUUCCGACGCCGACUUAUGCGACAGCUCGCUCGGGGGAGAGAAAUCCGUGAUCAAAGCCAAGAACGAAGCGUUCCGCCUCUUGUGCAAUAAUAUUUUGUCCAUCGUCAAGGUCUUGCCUGCUCACAAGUGA